CUUAAAAGUUUUUAACCUAAACAAAAGGGAUUCACAACAAUUUAAGAAAGAAUAAAUCUCAGGCGUUAUUGGUAGCGCUAAGAUUUUGGCGCGGCGGAUUCUGUGUUACAUUCGACUCUCCAACAUCCUUCGUGGUCGCCGCCAACUUGGAAUUUCCAUUGAUCUAUCAACCAGAAGCUUCCGCUUCUUUGCGUGGUUCCUAAGGAACCGAGUCAACUCAAGUCCACUCCAAUCUAACGUUUCUGCAACUGUUUUUUCUUCCUACGGUGGCCGGAAGUUAGGGUUUCCAUUGUAGCUCAAAGCUGAUCCGCUCCCAACCCAAAUACUCUUUUCUGGGUAUGCCAAUGUUCACCAGAUAGUUUUUCCAAUUGUUGAGGAAAUAGAAUGGUCAUUCGUUCCACGGUUACUGCUGGGUUUGUUUGAAGCCAUUCAAUGAGUUGAGAGCGUAGCAUGGCAAGACAGCUGCCCCAGAAUCAUCUCACGAAUCGCAUUCCAGGAACUACACCUAGCCUUUGUGUGCAGGAGGAGCAUCUGAUCUCUGCACGCAAAUGGUAUUUCUGCAAACAGGAAAUUGAAAAUCAUUCUCCAUCCAGGAAGGAUGGAGUUGAUUUCAAGAAAGAGUGUCAACUGCGGAAGUCAUAUUGCUCAUUUCUUCAAGAGCUUGGCAUGAAGCUGAAAGUGCCUCAAGUAACAAUUGCAAGUGCAAUGAUGGUAUGCCACCGGUUCUAUAUGCGUCAGUCCCAUGCGAAAAAUGACUGGCAGACAAUUGGAACAGCAGGUAUCUUUCUUGCCUGUAAGAUAGAAGAGACACCACGGUUUCUGAAUGAUGUCGUCGUUGUGGCUUAUGAGUUGAUAUUCAAAUGGGAUCCUUCUGCCUCUAAAAGAAUUAGACAAAAAGAAAUUUUCAUCAAACAAAAGGAAUUAAUCUUGAUUGCGGAGCGGCUUCUAUUGUCAACGUUUGCAUUUGAUGUUGACAUUCAACUUCCCUACAAGCCACUUGUUGCUGCUCUAAAAAGAUUGGGAAUGGCUGCUGAUCUUGGGAAGGUGGCCUGGAAUUUUGUAAAUGAUUGGCUAUGUACAACACUGUGCUUGGAAUACAAACCCCAUUAUAUUGCUGCAGGUUCGAUAUUUCUUGCUUCCAAAUUUCAGAAGGUGAAAUUGCCUUCGGAUAAAGGAAAGGUUUGGUGGAUGGAGUUUGAUGUUUCGCCAAAACAGUUACAAGAGGUUAUACAGCGAAUGUUGAAGUUAUUUGAGAAAGAUAGAAAACAAAGCCUGCCACCUUCAAAAGAGAAGACUCAUCAGCCAGAAGCUUUAGAUGGACAGACAAGGGUUGAUAGUUCCCAAUCAUGUAUAUCCAGUGUGACGGUUUCUGAUCAGCUUGAUAGUCAUGAAGCCAUGACGGUGGCCAGUGAGUGCAAUAAGUCUGUGAUGCCCAGUUGUUGCCACGACCAGCAAAAUGUAAAUUACUGCAUCAGUCCUGUGGAAGUUUUACCCUGCCAAACAAGCGAUACGGGGAGUUCUAGUAGUGCCGUUGACAAUGGUGAUACUGGGGUUUGUCAGAAUACUGAGGAAAAUUUUCCUGAUCAGAUCACACAGUCAACAACUGUUUCCAUUUCUGUUUCCAAGGACAAGAUAAAUUUAUGUCAAAUCAGAGAGGCAAUAAAGAGAAGACGACUCUGUAGAGCUACUAGUACAAAGGAAGUACAGCCCGUGAGUCCAGAUAUUGACAGCGAAGCAUGGAUAGAAAAAGAGCUGGAACAUGGAAUAGAGCUAGAAUAUGAAUCCUCAUUGAAAAAGAAAAGAAAGGCAUCUUGAAGUUGGGAAUGCAAUUCUACUUACAGAUACAGUAUCGUCAAUAUUUUUUUUGUCGGAGCUUUUGAUUAAUUCCAGAAAUUCUUCAAACUGUAAGUAUUGAGAGGGCAUUUUCAGCUUA